AUGCUCAAGCCCAAGGUUAUAUCUCAAGUAUUACGACAAUCUCUUCAUAAUGGAAUUAAAGCUGCUCUAAUCAUGACAAGCGAGGGCUCCUUAGUAUCUUUUGCAGCAGACAAUGACAAGGAUGCCUCCAUCUAUUCUGCAAUCUCGGCAAAUAUUUGGAAUACAUACAAGAAAAAGAACAGUGAUAUAUAUACCAACUUGCAGUUCCAAAUUCUACAUUGUGAUGAUGGCAUUGUGUUUAUAACAAGCAUUGGCGCCAUGUUGCUCUGUUUAGUGGGAGAAUCUAAUGUUGAUUUAGGGAUUCUCAAGGUCAAGGCAGAAGCGCUCAAGGGACAUCUUGAAGAACCCUUACAGCAGGUAGCACCAUACCAAGAAUACCAAAUGUAG